AUGUUGAGGCCUGGUCCGUCCACCACAGCACUCUCGUCCUCUGCAGUGGCGCCGGCUGCCCUCAGCCGCCUGCAGAGCCUGGAAAAACACUUGAAAAAUGAAAACUCUGUAUUCAGUGGGGAAAUUGUGCAGAGUCUUGAAGAUACUAUUGCUGCUAUUAAGAAAUUGGAAGAAAUUCGAAGGCAUACUCUUGAAUGCCUAGAAGAGGAGACUAUAAAAAACAGCAAUCUUCGCUUCAGAAUCCAGAAUUUUCCCAGAGAGAUUAUUGCAGAAAUGACAGCUCUUGUUACUGCUGCACGUGAAUCUAGUGCUGUGAAGAUAAAUCACCUGCAGUCUGCAUUGAAAAGCAUUGCUGAUGAAAUCGAAUUACUGGGUGAGAAGCAAACCCUUUGUGAAAGCCAGAAUGCUGCACUGUGUGAGGAACAAGAAUACUUGCGGACACAGUAUAAAGAAAGAGUAGACUUGCUGAAUGAAAGGAUGGCAAUGAAAGUUAACACAAAUAUUCUCUUAACUGAGACUUGUGAUAAAACAAGAGAUACAGAAAGAGAAAUAAUCAAGGCAAAAGCAGCAUUAGCAGAAUUGAAAGAAAAAAUAGCUGAAAAAAUGAGUAAACUUGAGAAAGAGAAAGAAGAAUGUGAUAUAAAGAAGAGAGAAAUGAAAAAAAUCCUUGAUACACAGGAGGCAAAAACUUGUGAGAAAAAGCAGGAAUUUGAAAACUUGAAUAGAAAGCAUUUGAACCUACAGCAUUUGAUAAAUCUGAAUUCAGCGACUAUAUGUAAUGAGGAAAUUCUCAUAGCAAAACUGAAAGAAAAAAGCAAGCAACUGGAAGAAACGCUUGAAUUAAAAAAGACAGACAUGCUGGCACUCUCAGAAAAGAAAACUCAGCUUCAUUCUGAGUUAUUGCUUUUACAAUCAAAAAUUGCCCAAGAAAAGGAGGAUUUCAAUAAGGAGCUUGAAAAGACUAAGGAAGAUCUACACAAUGCUAAAUGCCUGAAUAAAAAACUUAAAUUAGAAAAUAAAGCUGUGUGCCAGAAGUAUGAACAAGUACUGGAAGAACAACAACACUGGGCUAUAAAAAAGGCUGAGAUGGUGGUAAAAUUGGAGAAUUUAUCUGUUCUGUUGGAUGAAAAGCUUGCAAUUCUGGCAAAUUAUGGGAUGGAAAAGAAAAACCUAGAGAAGGAAAUUGAAAAUCUUGAAGACAGCCUACUAAAUACAAGGAAGAGCUAUGCAGAAAAGCUGGCAUCUCUAAAGCAAGAUUUGAAGACAGAAAAUAAGACAAGAGUAAUGCUUCAGUGGAAGCUACUGUACUUUGCAAAGCAGAGAAAACUCUUUUUCUCAGAGGAGGAGAAUAUAAACAGAAAAGUGAAUCAAAGAAUAGAGGCUGGUAAAAAAAGGCAUGCUGAACUACUUCUGGAGAUUGAAGACCUUGAGAAAGAGCUUUUUCAGUCUGAAAAUCAAGUCAAAGCCCUGAGCGAAGAAGCAAGUAAGAGGGAAAAUGAUUACAGGAAUUAUAUACAGGAUUUUGAUAACAAAAUAAAAUGUCUGGAGAAUGACAUCAAAACUGCAACUGAAAAUCUGCUUAGAAAAGAACAAGAAUUAAACAUGAGCAGGCUAAGCUUGGAAGAAACCCAGAGAGAAACAGAACAGAAGUAUACAAAAUAUGAAGAACUGAGGAAAUCAUUUUUAGAAAAGAAAGAUGAAGAGGUACGAGUCAAAAAAGCCAUUCAGCAGUCAAUCAAAACUAUUGGGAAGCUCAGGGAGGACACGCUGGAGCUGAGGAACAAAUUGCGGAUCAAGCGUGAUGCUGCAACUGGCCAGUUGAGAAAACACACAGAGAGUAUGAAGCUGCUAGAACGAGACAUCUAUGAGAUCAACAGGAAACUUGACAUUGUGAACAUCGAGAACUGCAGAUUCAAAUUAUUCAAUACGCAGAUAAAAGAAGGUAUUUUUGAAAUUAAUUCUGAAGCAGAAAAGCACAAGUCAGCCACAGUCAAAAUCCUGAAUGACCUAGCAGCGCUUCAUGAUCUUCUUCUGAAGGGAUGGUCAGAGGAGAGCCUUAUUCAAAAGGAAUUUCUGGAGAAUGAGCAGGAAAUACUGAAUGCAAUGACAGCGCUAACAACAAAAAUUCAACAACGAGAGGAAAAGAUUGGUGAUAUUAAUAGCAGGCUACAAAAUAAGCUGGAAGGACUGGAUUCGCUGUUUGUCAAAAAA